CGCGCGGUACUCUGUCGCCAAAGAUAUGCGAUACCAACCCGCCAGGGAAUAUUACGCCUUAGGUUAGCUUGCUUGCUAGGAUAAUAUGACCCCAACUGGUCCCCAAGUACAAGCCCCUACACGAGCCUACCCGGCGUGAUUUCUUUUUAUUUCAAUGUCCUUUAUUUUCAUAUUUUCAGCAUUUGACGUAGUCGGGUUUAUACCUUUUCAUGGCGUCUAAUAAACCUGCCGUGUUCCUCUUUAGUAAGACGGCAGGCUAUCGACACGAAUCAAUUCCUGCGGGCAUUGAGGGCAUCCGACGUCUUGGCGCCACAUCUAAUGCGUUCGCUGUAGACUCCUCGGAAGAUGCAUCUCACAUCAGCGGCCAAAACCUAUCCCGGUACGCAGUCGUCAAAUUCUUGCAGACCAGCGGUGACUUUCUCAAUGACGAACAAUUAGCUGGAUUGCAGAGCUACGUGAGAGCCGGGGGAGGGUUUGUGGGAAUUCACUGUGCCGCAGCUGGUAUGACGAGAGAACCGUGGUACGGAGAACUCAUCGGUGCCGUCUUUACUGAUCAUCCGGAGCCGCAGCCCGGCGUCCUGACUGUUGAAAAGAAAGACCAUGUCAUCGUCUCCGACCUACCGGAGAAGUGGGAGUGGUUUGAUGAAUGGUACAACUUCGAUGCGAACCCCCGCGCGAAGGUUACCGUGCUGCUAUCUAUCAACGAAGAGACUUAUAAAGGGGGCAAAUUAGGCCAGGACCAUCCGCUAGCAUGGUGUCGAGAGUUCGACGGUGGGCGUUCUUUUUACACAUCACUGGGUCACUUCGGGGACGCGUAUUCGGAUCAGAACUUCAUGGAACAUUUACUAAAUGGUAUUCUAUGGGCAGCGUACAGACCGUAGUCUUACUUAAGUCUUAGAUCUGUAUUAUCCACCUUUUCCCCGCAUGUCUCCUUUUUAUAAUCAUGGGGAUGAUGACCAAGGUAGGAUGAUACGAUGCCCGUGCGGAGUAGCUAGGAGAGCCAAGGACGCAUACUACAACACCAAGCUCCGCGCGAAGUGCCUCUUUGCCUCUUUGUCUCUUUUACCUCCACAUUCCUUACGACAGACUUUCAAGAUUUAAAAUGGAAAUUCUUUAUACUAAUAACUAGUCGUACGCGCGAUAGCUAUAGCUUAUUGUAUUGUACCUUGUAUCUAGGUAACCUAAUUCUUAAGAGUUUACUUCUUAAUUUAGCAACGAGUUGCUCUCGAUGUCAGAUGUACCGGAGCCGAGCUGAAUAGACCUGACAAGGAUAGGAAUCUUGGGCUGCAGAUGACGUAUCUACCGGCACGGAAUCUCGGAGUUGAAAUGGAUUGAUUCCUCCCGAAGGAUCAAAAAGUGAAAUAAUAAAUAUGUGCCUAGCUAAGCGGAUUAAAUAAAACCGAUGCGUUUGUGCGUUUGAUCCCUCUCCUUCUUUAACAAAGGAGCCAUACAAUAUGAGAAUUCAAACCCCCUUAGCCACGACCGUGGUAGGGUCUCUAUUC